GUGGAAACACUUCCCUGUUGGCCGCCGUUCACUCCACCUGGUAGACAGAAGGACCAAGAGGGUUACCUUCCCCACGGAGGAAAGACACAGUCACUGGACCUACCUCUCAGUCAGCACCACACAAUUUCACUCAAUGUCUUUUCAGAGGAGCAGAUCUGAAGACCAAGGUAGGGGAGUGUAGCCUACCUAGUAUUUGGACUCUGUAAGCAGAGUAUGCUAUGAAAUCUGAAAAGAAAACUGAAAGAUAUCUCAAAUCUGAACACCGGCACUGGAGCACACUCUGUACCGGAACACAAGAGCUGGAUUCCUCCUGCUAUCUUUUGAGUUUUGCCUUAGAGGGUCGUUCUCUGCCAGUUUAUUUUUGCUGCUUUUUCUCUCCCAGGAUUGACACAGUAAUCAGUGGCUGCUGCUAUGGUCCUCUUGACAAAGGGGGACAAUGUCUGGGUUGACUCUGAGAUUGGGGUGCCCAUUGGAGCUCGGGUGAGGAAAGUCGAGGGUGACAAGUGCAUUGUGGUUGAUGACGCAGGCAAGGAGCGUGUAUUGAGCCAUCAGAAUGGGAGUACAGUGAGUCUGAUGCACCCCACCUCAGUGGAGGGGGUGGCCGACAUGAUUCGCCUGGGAGACCUCAACGAGGCGGGGCUGCUCCGUAACCUCCAGCUCAGACACAAACAAGGCUUUAUAUACACAUACAUAGGCUCUGUACUGGUGGCUGUAAACCCAUACGAGCUGCUACCCAUCUACACGGCAGAACAGGUGCAUCGUUACCAUGGACGCCAGCUAGGGGAGUUACCCCCUCAUGUCUUUGCCAUUGCUGACAGCUGCUACUUCCACUUGCGUCGCAACCACCUCAAUCAGUGCUGCAUCAUCAGUGGGGAGUCUGGAGCAGGUAAAACUGAGAGCACCAAGCUCAUGCUGCAGUACUUGGCCGCUGUGAGUGGGCAGCACUCCUGGAUCGAACAGCAGAUCCUCGAGGCCAAUCCCAUCCUUGAGGCGUUUGGAAAUGCCAGAACUAUCCGGAAUGAUAACUCCAGCCGCUUUGGGAAGUAUGUGGAGAUCUUCUUCAACAAGAAGGGGGUGAUCCAGGGGGCUCACAUGGAACAGUAUCUCCUGGAGAAGUCUCGUGUCUGCCACCAGGCCCCAAAGGAGCGUAACUACCACAUCUUCUACUGCCUACUGCUGGGGCUGCCAGAAGACCAGAAGAAGAUCCUCUCCCUGGGCAAGGCAGAGGAUUACAGCUACUUACGAGCGAGUGGCUGCAUCAGCUGUGAGAGCAGAGAUGAUGCGUCUGACUACAGUCGUAUCCGCACCGCACUGAAGAUCCUCACCUUUAGAGACAAGGACUGCUGGGAUAUCUUUAAGCUGCUCGCUGCCAUCCUUCACAUGGGCAACAUAGAUUUCCGGGGUUCCAUCCUGAACAACAUGGACAGCAGUGACAUAUCAGCCUCCACCCACUUCACCAUGUCUGCCAAUCUACUGGAGGUAGAACCUGCCAGUCUGGACACCAGUCUGACCACACGAACUUUCCUGACCAAUCGGGAGCAAGUCUCUAAACCUCUGGGUCCUGAGCAAGCCAGAGACACCAGAGACGCCUUUGCCAAGGCCAUCUACUCCAAAAUGUUCCUGUGGCUUUUUGAGAAGAUUAAUGUGGCCAUUCACAAAAUCCCAGCAGAGGGCACCACACAGGAUUACCAGUCCAUUGGCCUCUUGGACAUUUUUGGCUUUGAGAAUUUCACCAGCAACAGCUUCGAGCAGCUGUGCAUCAACUUCGCUAACGAGCAGCUACAGCAGUUUUUCGUGCGUCACGUUUUCAAGCUGGAGCAGGAGGAGUACACGCGGGAGAGCAUCUCCUGGGAACGCAUGGUCUUCAGCGACAACCAGCCCACUUUGGACCUGCUGGCCGGAAAACCACUAAACAUUCUGGCCCUCAUAGAUGAGGAAAGCCUCUUUCCCAAGGGCACAGAUGCCACCAUGCUGACCAAGAUGAAUCAGGUGCACAGGCGAUGCAACAUCUACGUCGCCUCGAAGAGUGACCACGACAUCCACUUUGGGAUCAAGCACUUUGCAGGCGAGGUGUACUACAACUCAACUGGGUUUCUGGAGAAGAACAGAGAUGCUCUGAGCUCCAACCUGAUAGGUCUGGUUCAGAAGUCUGGCAGUAAGAUACUCAAACAGAUCUUUGAGAAGGAGCUCAACACAAACACCAUGAAGCAAAACAACAGCAAAGUUAUCAUCACUCCAAAGAGCUCUUUACGGCAGUUGAAUGAAUCUCGUAGAGGCACGACCACGCUGAGCUCUCAGUACCGCCAGUCUCUGGACUCUCUGAUGAAGGCGCUGGCUAUCUGUCAGCCACACUUCAUUCGCUGCUUCAAGCCCAACCACAGCAAAUCAGCCAAGGUGUUUGACCGUGAGCUGUGUAUGGGUCAGCUGCGGGAUUCUGGGAUGCUGGAGACUAUCCGCAUCAGGAAGUCGGGCUACCCCAUCAGACACACCUUCAGAGAGUUCCUGGGCCGCUACCGUGUGCUGCUCAACACUACCAAAUGUGACCCCAAUACUGAGCCUGACGCGGACUGCUGUAAUGCGAUCUGCAAAGCUGUCAUCAAACAGGAGGGUGACUGGAGGAUUGGCAAGACCAAGAUAUUCCUCAAGGACAACCAUGACGCACUCUUAGAGUGUGUAAGAGAGAAGGAGCUACACAGAAAAGCCAUCAUCAUCACAAGAGUAAUGCUUGGACACAAAGACAGGCAGAGCUACCUGAAGAAGAAGAAGGCAGUGCUGGUCAUGCAGAAGGUGUGGCGUGGCCACAGGGAGCGUAAACUCUACAGAAAAUUGUUCCUGGGUCUGACUCGUCUGCAAGCGUGUAUUCGCAGCCGUCGUGCUCGACUGCAGUACGAGUGCAGACGGCGCGCAGCCAAGACUCUGCAGACGCAGACGCGAGGCUUCCUGUGCAGGCGGCGCUACGGACGACAGAGAGACGCCGCCAUACUCCUGCAGACAAACAUUAGAGGCAUGCUCGCUAGGAAAACUGCAAACAGACUCAGGACAGAUAAAUUCUUGUCAGCACAGGAGCGUUUGGCUCAGGAACAGAACGCUCUUGAGCUGCAGCGCCGCCUGGAGAUCCUCAAACAAUCACAAGCUGCCAGCUCCAAGGCUGAUCCAAUCAGUGAUCAGGACAUGGUGGAUACCAUAUUUGAAUUCCUGCCUGCUCGUGUGGCGGAGGAAAGGAAACAUGAAGCAGAAGCAGAGCAUGAGGAGGAAAAGCCCUCGUCACGGGAGGAGCAGAAAAAAGAGAGAAAAGAGGAAGAAGACAGAGAAGAGAAGGAUGAGGAGGAAAAGCCCUUGUCACAGGAGGAGCAGAAAAAGGAGAGAAAAGAGGAAGAAGACAGAGAAGAGAAGGAUGAGGAACACGACAGCGAAGAGAAGGAGAAAAGCAAAGAGAGCAAAGAGAAGGAGAAGAGUCUGAAAAAGAAGGAGAGAGAACCAGAAGAACCAGUAAUAUUGACCCAUACAGCCCUGAAACUCAUAGAACCAGGUGAAGAAGAGGACGGAGACGAAGAGUUCUCGUUCUCUCGGUUCUGUGCACUGCACUUCCAGGGUUCUGCAUCUGAGUCCCACAUCCACCUGAGGCUCAGGCAACCUCUCCUUCCUCACGAGGAUGAAGGAGAUGCACUGGCAUGUUUGAGCGUGUGGUGGAUCAUCUUGAGGUUCAUGGGUGAUCUGCCUGAGCCCAAAGCCAUUGCCCAUCCCACCGCCUCACCCACUGACUCCAUCCAGCGCAAUCUGGGGAAGAGACAGAAUCGUCGCCUCAGCAACCUGGUUGGUCUGGAUCAGAAAAUGCUAAGAAAGAACAAGAAGAUUAGCAAACUGACCGGGAAUCGCAGGGCUUCCACUAUCCCUGAAGAGCCCGAGACCCCCUCCACAUCAGAGGGAAACGUUGACGUUGUUGACAAUGACAUUAUGAUUGGAGAGGGACCAACGUUCCACCGACCAAUGUCAUCGCUGGAGAAGCUGCACAUCAUUGUGGGCUAUGCCCUCUCAAGGCCUAACAUUAGAGAUGAGAUCUUCUGUCAGAUCUGCAAGCAGCUGACGAGCAACAGCAAUGAGACAAACCGUAAGAGGGGCUGGGUCCUAAUGGCUAUAUGCCUUGGCAUCUUCCCACCUACGGACCUCUUUAUCAGAUACCUGCGGAACUUUAUCCGUCGGGGUCCUGCUGACUAUGCCUCCUACUGCAUGGAUCGCCUGCGCAGAACUCUGACCAAUGGGGCGCGACUAGAGCCGGCCUGCUGGGUGGAGCUAGAGGCAUGCCGCAACAGAAAGCCGGUGCAGGUAAAGGUGUCUCUAGCAGAUGGGCGGAGCCUAAGCCUGCAGGUGGAUUCUGCCAGCACCUCAGCCGAGAUCUGCAGCGCCAUCACCAAGGCAAUUGGUCUCCGUGACGACUACGGCUUCUCCCUCUACAUUGCCCUUCAUGAUAAGAUGUGGUCUCUGGGCAGUAAGGGCGAGCAUGUGAUGGACUCCAUCUUCCAGUGCGAGCAGGAGGUAUGCCGGCAGGGCGGCACGGAGCAGAGCGCCCCCUGGAAGCUGUCCUACCGCAAGGAGCUCUUCUCCCCCUGGCCUAGCACCCCUGACCCCAUCAGCACCAGCCUCACCUACAGCCAGAUCAUCAGCGGCCUGAAGUCUGCAGAGUACCAGUCUGACAAGGAGGAUGACUCUGUGCAGCUGGCUGCGAUGCACUACUUUGUGAAGUUUGGCUCUGCCAGCAGCAGUGAGAAUGCCAGACAGGUGGUUAAGGAGUGCAUUAACACCAGCCUCAUAGAGAGCAAGUCGGAACAAAAAUGGAUACAGAUGGUGACGUCUGCUCAUACUCAGGGGUCUUAUAUAAAAUCUCAGAAAAGCCCUGAAGCAGUGAAACAGGAAGUGGUGAACUACGCCAGGCAGACCUGGCCGAUGUUCUUCUCAAGGUUCUUUGAGGUCUCCUACAGAUCAGGUCCACCUCUUCCCCAGGACAAACUGAUCAUGUCCGUUAACUGGAACGGGGUGUCUUUCUUUGAGACAAAGGACAAUAUCUUCCUGGAGCUGCCCUACGCAGAGAUGAUAGAUGUGGUCGUCAGCGAUUCAGGUCCAUGUCCAGUGGUUUCGUUGUCCACUUUGAGGGGAGAAAUCACCAUGGAGGCCCAGAGGGGGAUCGAGCUAGUGGAAAUGGUGGGCUGGUUUCUGGAUGGUCUAAGAGAGCGUUCGGCUUGUGCUCUUGCUUUGCAUGAUGCUUACAAACAAGACGACCCCACCUUCCUGGUUUAUCGCCGUGGUGACAUCCUACUCCUCCUCAGAGAUGAAGAGUUCUCCCAAGAGAGCGGUUGGCUGAGUGCCACCAACGAGAGAACGGGCCAGACUGGAGCCGUCUCUGCUGACGCCGUCAUGGUUCUGCCCACCAUAAGCCGGCCCACGGACGACACACUGAACCUGCUGAAUCUGAACCCAGCGCAGAGAAAGUCCCAGAUGAGAGACGAGCCUGUCGCGGACCGAGUCGCCCUGAUCAACCUCAAGGAGUUUGCCUUUGAGUACUUCAGGGAGCCCAUGAAGGGUGUGAAGAGCGCUGGGCGUGAGAAGCUGUGGGCCACCAGUAGGGAGCCCCUCAGACAUCCUCUCCUCAAGAGCCUCGCUGGAAACACACAGCUGUGCCAGCUUGCACUGCAUGCUUUCACAGCUAUUAUGAAGUACAUGGGGGAUUAUCCAGUCAAACAGGCCCGCAGCCCUCUGGAGCUGACCAAUCAGAUCUUUGGCCCACCUACCCAGCACCCCGCCCUUAGAGAUGAGAUAUACUGUCAGAUCAUGAAGCAGCUGACCAAUAACAACAACGGUGUGAGUGUGGAGCGAGGCUGGCAGCUUUUGUGGCUGUGCAGUGGUCUGUUCCCCACCAGCGAAGCGCUCCUCAAACACACCAUUCGCUUCAUGGAGUCACGACCCAGAGAACCCCUAUCAGCUACCUGCUUACAGAGACUGCGAGCCAUGCUGGGUCUGAUGCCCAGGUUGCUGCCUCCUCAUCAGGUGGAGGUUGAUGCCAUACAGCAGAACAGCACACAAAUCUUCCAUAAAGUUCACUUUCCUAAUGACUCAACUGAGAUCUUUGAGGUUACCACCACCACUAAAAUCUGUGAUCUGUGUCGACUCAUCGCUUCCAGCCUGGAGCUCAACUCUGCUGAUGGUUAUAAUCUGUUUGUCAAGACCACCAGCAAGAUGGCGAGCUUAGAGGAUCAGCAAUAUUUCUUUGAUAACCUGUGGAAGAUGACUGAGGCCAGCAAGAAGAAAGAGAAGAAACCCAAAGAGGGUGUGCAGCUUAACACCCCUUAUCUGGUGAUUUUUAUGCGCAAGCUUUGGUUCAACGUGAUUCCGGGGAAGGACAUUACCGCUGACCUCAUCUUCCACUACCCUCAGGAGGUGCCAAAGUAUCUGCGAGCCUACCACCGCUGCAGCCGUGAGGACAUGAUCAGUCUGGCCGGGCUUCUCUUUCGGGUGAAAGUGGACUCGGACCGCUCCCAGUUCGUCAUGAUCCCCAGGAUGCUGAAGGAUCUGGUUCCGGCAGACCAGAUGAAGAUGAUGACCCCUGAGGACUGGAAGAAGCACAUUAUCUCCUCCUAUAACAAGCAAGCUGGAAUCUCGGUAGAGGAAGCCAAAGUCAGCUUCCUUAGACACAUUUCUGACUGGCCAACCUUUGGCUGUGCCUUUUUCGAGGUCAAGCAAACAUCUGAUCGCAGUCUUCCCAGUGUCAUCAGGAUCGCCAUCAGUAAGCAGGGAGUCAGCAUAAUCAAUCCCAAAACCAAGGAGCAGUUGACCAUGCAUCCCUUCAAUCAGAUCACCAACUGGUCAAGCGGCAGCACCUACUUCCACAUGACACUCGGCAACCUGGUCAAGGGGAACACACUCCUCUGUGAGACAUCUUUGGGCUACAAAAUGGAUGACCUUCUUACAUCGUACAUCAACAUGUAUAAGACUGAGAGGCAGUGGAUGAGGCCAAGGAACUCACUCUUCCCAGUCUGAACACACACACACACACACACACACACACACACACACACACACACACACACACACACAAACUAAUUUAAACACAAAUACACCCCCCACACACACACACACAAAUAAACACACACACAGCAUCAAUGUAUACAACCACUCAUAAUGAUUUAUAAAACCAUAAGUAUCAUAAUUUAUGAAACCGUACAAAUAGUUGCAUGCAUGCAUAGGUUUUUUCUUAAGAUUAAUUUGAUUUUGGAAAUGUCAUCAACCAAGGCCUUUUGUUGUUGAGUUUGUAAGACAUAACAAGCAAGUAAGAUGAUUGAAAGUUUAUCGCACAGCUAAUGUUAGCUUACUAAAACUAUGUCGCUCUUGCCAGCAACCGGUAAUGUUAAUUUAUGCAUCUGGGGCAGUUCUGUCACCCAAACAAUGUUUUGCUGACCUGUGUGACCAAUAAAUGAAUUAUAAAGAUAA